CAAAGAAGCCCGGUAACGGAAUCAUACGAUGGUCCCUUCUCUCUCUAUCUCAACCUCUCUCUCAGUUUCUCCAAUUUCUCUGCGGUCAACUUGCCGUGCCACGGUCCGGCCACCUCACGCCUCUGCUACCUGCGCUAAUACUUAUUCUUCUCAACAAGAGAAAGGAUCGAUGAGUGGUUAUCUGAGCCGUCCAGGAAUGGCAGCUUGCACGUCGCUGUACCAGGUUCUAGGGAUUCCCAUCGGUGCUUCGAAUCAGGAAAUCAAGUCGGCGUACCGCCGAUUGGCUAGGGUCUGUCAUCCGGACGUGGCGGCAAUUGAUCGGAAAGAUUCAUCGGCAGAUGAGUUCAUAAAGAUCCACGCGGCGUACAGUACCUUAUCGGACCCCGAAAAACGAGCCGUAUAUGAUAGUAAAGUUUUCCGGAGAGGCCAACGGCCGUUGACUUCGGAUUCUAGGUUUUCAGGAUAUGGGGGGAGGAGUUGGGAGACCGAUCAGUGCUGGUGAACGAGUCAAUUCUCUCAUUAACGCUACCGAGUUGGAAUUCGGAACCCAAUCAACGGUUUUGAACCUGCAAAAAAUCUGUACAGUUAAUCAGUUAAGUACAUAUCUCAGGGAAAAAAAAGCUGAUCUGCUAACGA